ACGCAGAAAAAAUUGGAACAGCUUGAAACCUCCUACACUGAGGCAUCACAGAAGAAAGAUGAUCUGGAUCAUGAACGCAUCAUUCUUGAACGCCGGCUCGAGGAGACUGAGCUUAACCUGAAGGAUUGCCAAGAGUACAUUGAGGUGCUCAGUAAGAAAGCUCGAGACGAACGCCGAUCUAGAGCACGAGCUGCAAUGGAAUUGAGUGAAGGAAUCGCUCUGGAGCGAGAGACGCUCGUGCGUCAGUUGAACGAACUAAGGGAGGCCAAUCGACGUUUGAGGGAUGAGCGAGACGAAGGCCUUCUCAGAAGGGGUUCCUUGCAUCAACGCUCUGAAUCAACUGGCGAGUCCCUAUACAUGGCCAUGCAGCUCGGUGCUCAGGGCCAGAGUACAGUUGACGGAUACAGUCGAAUGAAUACAGUUCGCCCAAAUUUGGUCGAACGUACUGAUCGUUACGCUGCAAACGUUCACCACACAAACGCUAUGGCACGACGUGGUUCCACAAUGGAUACCUACUUUUCUCCAAUGUCCACGGGCGCUCGCUGCUCUACUGGGGAAGGCAGCAUAAUCGAGGAAGAGGCAGCUGGUGAUGAAUUUACCGAUGACAUCUCCGAUAACUCCGUUUUUGGGUCAAGGAGAAAACGGUCUCCUACUGGUAGCUUGACUGGAAACUUGACCGAUAGGUGA